CCUCUUUUUCGAAAGGAGAUUUCUCUUUUACCCCCCAAUGGGAAAAGGGUGUCUGUAAGCUCGCGAGACUUUUCGGGGAUAGCGAGAGAGGGACGUGAGAACUCGCUCCAAAAACCAAUGACCCAAGGAUGUCUCCCUCUCUCUCUCUCUCUCUCUCCCCCCUCUUUUUCUUGCCUCUUGUCCCUAACUUGCACACAAUCCUCUCUUUCUCUCUCUAGCUUGCUGGCGGUCUUUUGCUUAGCCUCGAACCCCGUUUACACACGACGAGGCUUGGGAACGCGGAAAAAGAGGUUCAAGAAACCGGAAACCAGGUGCUUAGGAGAGCUGGGUUGGCGUUUUCUUGAUCGUUGAAUCGGGGUUGGGGGGGCGGCCGGGGACUUUGUGUCUGGUUGGUGGUGAUCAUGAUUCGGGAGCUCUGCUAAAAGAGAAGGGAGACGAGAGCUUUAUCAUCUUGCCCUCUUCUUUUUUUACAGUCCUGGGUUUAAUCAUUGAGUUCUUUCUUUCUUCUUUUUUUGGGUUAAUGUGUCUUUGAGCUUCUUUGGGUCAGAGACUUCAUCAGAGCUGUUAGGUAGAAAGGAAAAAGAGAGAGGGGGGUGGAAAAGAAAAAUGGGAAAAGCGGACGAUUGACUGGUAGCUGAGCAGAGCUAGCAAAGAGGGGCAGGCAGACAGCAGCAGCAAGCGAGCUCUGACCGAAACCCUAGAAAGAUAGGAACUUUCUUUUGGCCCUUUCCUGUGUUGGUUUUUUCUUUUAUUUUCUUUUGUGUGAAGGGGGGAUUUGGAAUUUGCCUCCAAGAUAAAUGAACUUGGAUUUUGCCCCCCCCUUCUCUUGUCCACUAGGUUGAAUCCAAAAGCCACCCAACACACACCCAAGAAAAUUCUUAGAGCCUCCUUAGAUAUGCCUACAGACCUGGACAAUUCGUCCACAGCUUCAGGGGAAGCUAGUGUCUCGUCUUCUGGCAAUCAGCCGCCUCCACAACCACCGCCACCGCCUUCCACCACCAAGAAAAAGAGGAAUCUCCCUGGAAUGCCCGAUCCAGAUGCAGAGGUGAUAGCUCUGUCUCCCACGACCCUAUUGGCCACCAACAGGUUCGUCUGCGAAAUCUGCAACAAGGGAUUUCAGAGGGACCAGAACUUGCAGCUCCACAGGAGAGGCCACAACCUGCCUUGGAAGCUUAGGCAGAGAUCGGGCAAGGAAGUGAAGAAGAGGGUUUACGUGUGCCCUGAGCCCAGUUGCGUCCACCACGACCCAUCGCGAGCCCUCGGUGAUCUGACCGGGAUAAAGAAGCAUUUCUGCAGGAAACAUGGCGAGAAGAAGUGGAAAUGCGACAAGUGCUCGAAGAAAUACGCCGUGCAGUCCGAUUGGAAGGCCCAUUCGAAAAUCUGUGGCACCAGGGAGUAUAAAUGCGACUGCGGAACUCUAUUCUCAAGGAGGGAUAGCUUCAUCACCCAUAGAGCUUUCUGUGAUGCUUUAGCUGAGGAGAGCGCCAAGGCUCAGACUCAGGGUCAGGGACCGGGUCAGGGCUCGGCUCCGGUUAAGCCGAACUUGCAGGCCGAUCCGAAAGUCCAGAAACCUGCCUCUCCUCCUCAUCCUCAUCCUCCUCCUCCUCCUCGAGCAUCUGCUCCACCAACUGUACAGUCCUCAGCUGCUGUGUUGUCUACAGUUUUGGCUGAUCAGGCAGCAGGUAAAAGGAUGCAAGAGAACCCAUCCCAAAUUCUUGAAGAGCCACCAGUGACAAGCAGCUUGAUAGGGAGCUCUAGCAGCAGCACCAGUUCUAGCAGCAAUAGCAAAACAAGCACUAGUGUAAUAGCAGGCUUGUUUGCUUCCUCAACUCCGUCCUCAUCCUUACAGCCUCCGCAGCAGAGUACUCCUUACACUGACCUGAUUCGUGCCGUGGCACCACCUGACCGCUCUGACCAUGGACCUGCCUCAUCUGUUGAACCCAUUUCCCUCUGCCUCUCCACAAAUCACGGGUCGUCGCUCUUUGGCAGUGCAGGGCAGGAGCGUCGGCAAUAUGCUCCCGCUCCACAGCCUGCUCUUUCAGCCACUGCGCUUCUGCAGAAGGCUGCUCAGAUGGGGGCAACUGCAACCAAUGCAUCGCUGCUUCGUGGGCUCGGGAUUGUCUCUUCCUCCACCUCGGCAGGGCAACAAGAGAACUUACAGUGGAACCCUAAUAAUGUCGAGCAUGAAAAUGCCUCUGUUGCUGCUGGACUGGGGCUAGCGCUUCCUUGUGAUGGGAGUUCAGGUCUGAAGGAACUGAUGAUGGGGACUCCAACCAUGUUUGGCCCAAAGCAUCCUACUUUAGAUUUUCUUGGAUUGGGGAUGGCAGCUGGUGGCAACCCAAGUGGUGGUUUCUCAGGUCUUAUGAACUCUAUAGGUGGUAGCCUUGACAUGGCAGCGGCGGCAGCCUCAUUCGGCAGCGGAGACUUUGUCGGCAAGGACAUUGGACAGAGCUCGUGAACUUAACCAGAAGUCGCAGGGAAUUUGUAUGUACAGGUGCAUAUUGUCCUAAAAGAAUCAAUGUUGCUCAAGAAACCACCAAAGAACCAUCGAGCAGACGCUUCCCUUGGAUGAAAGUCGGAAGAGAACUGUUGAUGUGAAAGAUUCCAUAAAAACUAAAAUCUGGGGAGACUUCUAUUUUUUCCCUGUGAAUCUGUGAUGUGUUGUUAGAGGUACGAGCUAUAUCAAAAGUGAUCAGAUGAUGUUUUAAGUUCGCUCGAGCUUAGCAGUAGAACAGCAGCAUAGAACUCGCUGUGAGUUGACUAUGGGUAGCUACAUUAAUCGUCUUGGAGUUAAUACAUCUCGAUGUAUUAGUUUUGCCAUUUCAUUUGUUGUUCAAUGUAAAGAAGCCUUAAAAAUAGUGAAGAUUUGUUAUCUUGCCAUGAA